AUGACACCACUCUUCUCCAGCCCCAGUGACACAGCUUGGCUGUUUCCAUCACAAGAACAGAGCACAUCUGAGAGCAGCCAGACAAUAGACUUUAAAGAAAAGAAACCUUGGAAGAAAAAGUUACGCCGAUCACAACAUGCUCGCAAAGAGACAGAGUUCCUGCGGCUCAAGAGGACCCGGCUUGGCCUGGAUGACUUCGAGUCUCUGAAAGUGAUAGGAAGAGGAGCUUUUGGAGAGGUGGCCCAUAUCCGAGCAGAGAGAGACAUUUUGGUAGAAGCCGAUGGCGCCUGGGUGGUGAAGAUGUUCUACAGCUUUCAGAAUAAGAGGAAUCUUUAUCUAAUCAUGGAGUUUCUUCCUGGAGGUGACAUGAUGACAUUGCUAAUGAAGAAGGACACCUUGACAGAAGAGGAGACCCAGUUCUACAUUUCAGAGACUGUUCUAGCCAUAGAUGCAAUCCACCAGUUAGGCUUCAUUCAUCGGGAUAUUAAACCAGACAACCUUCUGUUGGACGCCAAGGGUCAUGUGAAACUAUCUGAUUUUGGUUUAUGCACGGGGUUAAAGAAAGCUCACAGGACUGAAUUCUACAGAAAUCUCACACACAACCCACCAAGUGACUUCUCUUUUCAGAACAUGAAUUCAAAGAGGAAAGCAGAAACAUGGAAGAAGAACAGGAGACAACUGGCGUAUUCCACAGUUGGGACGCCAGAUUACAUUGCUCCAGAAGUGUUCAUGCAGACUGGCUACAACAAGCUGUGUGACUGGUGGUCCCUGGGCGUGAUUAUGUAUGAAAUGCUAAUAGGGUAUCCACCUUUCUGCUCCGAAACGCCUCAGGAAACAUACAGAAAAGUGAUGAACUGGAAAGAGACGCUGGUGUUUCCUCCAGAGGUCCCCAUAUCGGAGAAAGCCAAGGACUUAAUUCUCAGAUUUUGUGUUGACUCUGAAAAUAGAAUUGGAAAUAGCGGAGUAGAGGAGAUAAAAAGUCAUCCCUUUUUUGAAGGUGUGGACUGGGGGUACAUAAGGGAAAGGCCAGCAGCAAUCCCUAUAGAAAUCAAAAGCAUCGAUGAUACUUCCAAUUUUGAUGACUUCCCUGAGUCCGAUAUUUUACAACCAGUGCCAAAUACCACAGAACCCGACUACAAAUCCAAAGACUGGGUUUUUCUCAAUUAUACCUAUAAAAGGUUUGAAGGGUUGACUCAGCGCGGCUCUAUCCCUACGUACAUGAAAGCCGGGAAGUUAUGAGUGAGGACCGCAUUCGCCCACAGCCAAGAGAACUCAGGUAGCUGCAUCACCAGGCUUGCUUGGCGUAGGUCACAGUACACUGAAACACUCCUGAUGACGAACGGUGGUGCUCGCUGACUGCGAGAGGAAAUUCUGCGGGAUUAGGAUUUCUAAGACUACUACAGGAAUUGGUUGGCAGUGCCAGCUGGCUUUUUUUUUUUUUUACUAUUUUAUUAUUUUUGUUAACUUUAUUAUACGAAGGUACUGGAAUAAAAGGAACAUACAUCCCUCUCUAACUGCACUGCCUACCUGCAUAUUAAGGUCCAUUCUGCCUGUGUGUGCCAUGGCUUUGAGCUGUAACACCUCUAAUCAGUUCAGGAGAAACACAUAUCACUUAAAGCAACAUCGGCUAAGCUGUAGGUAACCCUGCAGUGCUGUUGUUUUCCUGCAAAUCGUUAAGGGUCUAGAUAAUCAGUAAAAGCCAUCUCCCGUAGCUGGUGGUAGAACAUUUGCCCUAUUGGUUUGGACAUCCGUAGAAUAUAUAUGAAGACAAUUUCUGUAAUGGUUUUAAGACAUUUAAGGAGAAAUACACUGGUUCUUUACGUCAUCCAGUUGCUACACAGACACCACAGUAGGGUGCGACAAGAGCAUAAUAAGAAAGAGGAAGCUUAUCACCUUCACUCAAGCAAUCCACUAAUAUAUUUACUUGCAUUCAGAAAUACUGACCUUUAUCUAUGUAGUCUGUAUACUGAUAGGGAGCUGUUCUGUACUAUAGGAAAUGGAAAGUUGCUUUUCUCGUGACAAGAGGACUUCUUUUUUAACAAGAGGACACAGCAUUAUUUUAAUUUGAUUAUGGUGAGUUGAAUCCCAGAAAUGACAAUGGAGGCUGCUUGUAGAACUAGUGUAUUUUUAUUAAACUAUUUUUUUAA